AUGGAGAGCAAUGGAGGCAACCAGCUAGCGGCGCUGCAGCAGGAGUUGAGUGGACUUCGUAGCUCGACUUUUGUAGCUAAAAGGCGCUUGAGGCAGCUUCAGCAGGAGAGGCAGAACGUGAGGCAACAGCGCCGAAGUAUUGAGAGGCAACAGCAGCAGCGGCAGCAAGAAGAGGCUGAAGCAUAUGAGCUACUGGCGCAACAGUCCUGCUGUUGUGAAAUAGCAUAUCAAGACCUCCUACAACAAAGCUCCCGGUUUGCUUCUGCUCUCAGAAACAAGCAAAAGCUUGAGGCGGCCGCUGCUGCCUUGGCUGCCACGGGGGAGCCUGCAUUCGCAGCAACAGAAGGCGCGGCGGCAGCAGCAGCAGCACGAGCUGAUGACGCAGAACAUGGUCACUUUGGUUGUUUUAUUGCCUCUGCGCAAGACUCGGAAAAGGAAGAGGCACUGCGAGUCCUACUAGCCGCAGCAGGCAGGAACAAGGUGCGCGCUGCAAUUCAGUAUUGGACGAGGGAAGCGAGCAGCGCCAAGUGGAUACUCCAGCGAGCACAUGCAGAGAGGGAUACAGCAGCAAACACCAGACAGGAUGCCCAGAAACAGUUGCAGCAGCUGCAGCAACGAGCAGAUGCAGAAAGGCUGCAGCUGCAACAGCUGGAGCAGGAAGAACUUGCACUCCAGUCGGCGGAGACGCAAUCAGAGAGUAGUAGCAGCCGCAGCAGAAGCCUGAGGGCUCUUGAGUCCCUCGAAAGACUGUUGCAGCAGCACAACAUGUUGCCCUUGUCCCCUUCGCUGAUGCGUGGAGAUGCAGACGUAUCAGCAACAGCAGCAGAGGUCGCGGGUCCUGAAAAUUCUCGCAGCAAAAGUUGCUCUUUCUGGGUGCAGCUCGAGGAGAACGCGGGUCUCUAG